AGGCGCUGUGUUUUUGUUUUUUGUUUACAAUUUGAGUCUGGUGGUUUCAUCUACCGGCUUUGCAAAUUUUCCUGUCUUUCCCAGCUAAAUAAAAGAGUCAGUUUUAGCAAUAUCGGCUGAGAUUCGCUUUUUAUAACCUUUGACAUUGGGAGCUGCAAACAUAUUAAGUACUCAUAGAAAAUACUCCUGUGAAGAAUGGCUGCCAUUGAAAUAGACCCAGACAUCCGUAAGGCAAUCCGCCUAAUGUUCUCUUCAGCCCCAGACUCGACAGAUCUUUUGAGAGCCAUGCUUGAGGAUGCCAUUAAAGCCAAACACGGAACAUCCAGGAGCCUCGGAAAUGUAGUGACUGCCUCUUCAAAGUCUGACAGCGAAAUGUGCAUUAUCCUGGACAGAGAUUCUGAAAAUUCUGGUUCCGAAAAAGAUCCCGAUGAUGAUGAAGUGCAGGCGCUGGAACUAGAAAUGAUGGAGGAAGAUCUCAAAUGCAACGUUUGCAAGGAAAUGAAUGUCACCCAUGGGAAUCGGCUGAUUGAGUGUACUGAAUGCCACGAACUCUAUCACCAAGAGUGUCAUUCACCUACUAUUCUCAAUAAAGAGAUUGACGAUCCCAGGAAAACUUGGUAUUGUUCAUCUUGCAAGCAGGCCACUGCUGAAGCUGUUAAGCAGACAACGAUUAAAGCCCUGUCACCAGGCCCGGGAGGAAAAUCACUUCGAUCUUCCCCCAAUUUGAUGAAAGACCCUUUGGCGACAAACACAAAGCCUGUUCCUGCAAAGAGCAGUGAAAUGACCUCACUCUUUAAACGAUCUGAACGAGCUGGAUCAUCCGGAGCUUCAAGUAGCAGUGCAUCAUCAUCUGCAGCUAAAACAUCUGGUCUGGCAGCGAUGGCUGCAAGUUUGCAGAAAUCAGGCUCAACUUCGAGUAAAAGCUCGAGUGGAAAAAAUUCAGGGCCUGAUUCGCCAGCCAAAAGUUCUUCGUCUUCAAAAUCUUACUCUUCCUCCUUAGGCAGUGGCAUUGGAAAGAUUUCAAGCUCCUCGUCAGUACCGUCACCCACGAGUAGCAACGCUGCCGCUGAUAAACGGUUGCAGAACAUGAAAAAGAAAGCUGCUACAAAACUGCAGGAGAAAAGAAAGCACGCCAAGUGAAAUUAAAAAUAUAUAUGUCUAUAAUUAAUCUAAUUUUUUAAAGUUACACUUGAAAAUGUUUGAAAUUGUAAUGGUUUCUGGUGAAUUAGUUAUUCUGAAUAAAAUAAUUAAUUGCAAAAGAUUAAUA